GAGCAAAUACAACGCACUUCCCCAAAACCCCGACCAAAUUAAAAAAGAUUCUCUCCCCCCUCUCACUGCUCCAAUCUCCCCCCCUCUCUCGAACUUCCUCGCUGAUUUGGCCGCGGCGUCUGCUCCGCGGCCGCCUGAUACGGCCGCCGGAAAAGGCAGAGACGGGCGAGGAUCUCGGCCGCCGGGAGCUUCCGUCGGCCACCCGAUCCGAGAAACGAAUACUAAGCUAGUGGCCCGAGAUGGAAGCAGAACAGGCGGCGCAAGUAAGCUCUGGGGAGACGACCAGUCUUAAGUCGCCUGAUACGAUUCUGGUACACGAUGACAAAGAAAAAUUAGUAAACGGGAAUUCGAAUCUGCAUGUGAAGGAAACACCCAAUGAUGAUGAUGAUGGAACAGGAUCCGAUGGUUUUGAGCUGGUAGAUGAUGUCUCACCUUUGACAAAGGCAAGUCCCAAAGAGGAUGAAAAAACUUCAGAAUCUGCCACCUUGAACCAAGAAACAGAAAGACUGAAAGUACUAUCAAUGCGCAUUGAAGAGCUUGAAUCUGAAAAGGAAAAAUUGAUGAAGGACAUGACAGAAGCAGAAAAUAAGCAGACAGUGCAAUACAAUUCCCUACAAGAAGCACAGAGGUCUCUCACUGAGAAGGAUAAAGAGCUGGCUGAUGCAACACAAUCACUGAGCGAGCUGGGGUCUGAGCUUGAAAUCUCGAAACAGAGGAUUCAAGAAAUUGAGGCUGAGUUAAGUUCAUCAGCUGAUAAGCUCCACAAACUUGAAGAGCUGAAGGAUGAAAGGAGCUUGCAUGCUGCACAGGAGGCGAAAAGGGCUGCGGAACUUGAUAAGAUGCUGGAAAUGGCUCAGUUGAACAUGAAAGAGAUGGAAAACCAGAUUAACAAUCUUCAGGAAGAGAUAAAGGGACAUCAGGAUAAGGCUGUUGACCAUCAGCAAGUAGAAGAAUCACUGAAUACCACAAUGUCACAAUUCAAGAUGGUGCAAGAAGCACUUGAACUGUCAAAAUCACAAGUGGAUGAUUUGGAGCAGAAGCUUGCCUCGCAGGAUGCUGACAUCAGUAAGCUCACUGAAGAGUUGAGUCUCCAUUGUUCAUCUGAAGAAUCUUUGAAGGAAAAGAGCCUUAAACUAGAGACUGAACUUGCCACCGUGAAUGAAGAGUUACAAGCGAAGCUUCUGAGUUUGCAAGAAAUGGAGAUAAAACUGGAAGAGCAUGUGAAGGAAAAAGAGACAAGUGAAGCUACAUUGGAGAAGCAACAGUCGCAGAUACUCAACCUGCAGUCUGGGCUCGAUGAAUUAAAGGAUGAACAUGAAACUCUCAAAGGGACUCUAGUUGACGCUGAAUCAAAACUAUCAGAGAGAGACUCCAUGCUACGUCAGGCUGAAGAGGAGCAUGCUAAAGCACAGUUGCUCCUGUCAGAAGCAUUGUCGCAUAAAGAAGAACUGGAGGUAAAUCUGAAAUCUAUCAAUGAGCAGCAUGGUGAGUCCAAAGCUGUUGCUGAAGAUGCAAACGGGAAGAUUCUUGAACUUGAAGCACAGAUUCAGGCACUACAUGCAGCUGAAGAGGCUUUGAAGUCGCAUCUGGAAGAGGCUAGCAUGAAUGUGAAAGUUGCGGAGAAGAAAUGCUCUGAUCUUGAGCAACGGCUCAGUGAAUCUGAGAGUAAAUUAGCCACUUCAAGUGAACAAGUAAAGUUGCUGGAAGAGCAGGUCCAACAAGAAGCAGCUUCUUCAGCAGAAAAAGAAAAGCAGUUUGAAGAAGCAGUGAACAAUGCAGAGGCAUACAAGGAGAAGAUGAAUGAAUUGCAAUCUUCUCUGGAUUCCUCGGCAUCUAAAACUCUUCUACUUGAAGAAGAAGUCAAGGAUCUGACUGACAGAUUCUCACAGCAUCAAGAACAAGCUCAUUCCGUUCACGAAAGAAGUAUUGAACUGGCGAGUUUGCUUCAUACAUCAAAGUCUGAUGCUGAUGGUGCACACUCCCGAAGACAGGAGCUGGAGCAGGAACUUGAAGCCACACAAGCGAAGUUCAAGGAGGUUGAAGCAGAACUAGAACAGUACAGAAGCAAGGUUUCCCACCUUUCCGAUGAUCUAGAAGCUUACCAGACAAAAUCAGCUAGUCUUGAAGCUGUGAUGGAAGCUGCAAGUGGAAAGGAGAAAGAUCUUAUGGACUCACUGAUUCAAAUCACCGAAGAAAAGAAGAAACUUGAGGAGCUAACAGCAGAGUAUGAAGUAAAACUUCAAGAACAGUUGCAGGAAAAGCAAGUUAUCGAAGAGAGGGUGCAGAGUCAAGAAUUGAAGGUGCUUGAUUUAGAAGAAUUGUUGGCAAAACUGACAGAAGAAAAAGAAAGUGGCGAGAACACCAUUGCUGAUCUUAACCUGCAACUGUCCAAUAAGAAUGACAUGUGCAUGCAGUUGGAGUCCCAGUUAAGCGAGGUUGGGGAUGAUCAUAGCAAAACAAGGUCACUUCUCUCUGAUGCACACUCGCACAAAGAGGAGCUAGAACUGAAUUUGAAAUCUCUUAGUGAUCUUCACACUGAAUCCAAAACAGCUGCAGAGUCUGCAAUGCAGAGGACCGCAGAGCUUGAAACUCAAGUUCAGGAAUUAAGUGCUGCUGAAGAAGGUCUGAAGUUGCAGCUUACUGAGUUUGAGUCAAAGCUAGCAUCUGCCGAGAAGAAGAGCACAGAUCUUGAGCAAGAGCUUAAAGACGUGACAGAUGAAUGCAAUGGUUUCCGUGUGAAGGUUGAUGAACUUUCUGGGGAAGUUGAAGCAUACAAGGAGAAAUCAGCAAGUCUCGAGGCUUUAUUAGCAGAAGCAAACCAAAAAGAGGAUGAGUUGUCAGGGAAGUUGGCUCAAGCUAAUGAGGAGAAGGAGAAGUAUGAAGAAUUGUCAAACAAGGCCACCACAGCGCAUUUGGAAGCCGAGAAGCAGGUCCAGACUUUACAGGCUGAUCUAGAAUCUGCCCGGGGUAAAAUGGAAGAGGUGGAGAAUGAUCUUCAGGCACUGGGUGUUAGAGAAAGCUCAGUACUUGACAAGCUUAAAUCUGCAGAGGAGCAGCUUGAGCACAGUGGGAGGGCACUAGAACAUGCCACUUCCAAGAAAAUUGAUCUGGAAUCUCUGUACCAGUCUUUACUUGAAGAUACAGAGAAGAAGCUCCAGCAAGUAGGGGACAACUUGAGUCAGAAGGAGACGGAUUGUCAGCAACUGUCUGAAAAGUUGAAGUUGGCCGAGGAACAAGUGGCAUCUUAUGAAGCAAAAGCAGCUGGUGCCACUGAAGAGGUGGAAUCCAUGAAGGUGGAGCUCGAAGCCUUUGAAAAUGAGAUCGCUACUCAUGAGACCACCAUUGAGGAAAUCAAGACCAAGCUCUCCAGUGCUGAGUCAAAGGCUGAAGAGGCAUUGGCUGAGAGCACAGCCAUGGGUGCAGCAAAUCAGGCUCUGAAAGAUGAACUUGAUGCUAAGCUAGCCGUGCUUCAUGAACUGCAAGAGCAGUUUAACUCUACUCAUGCUGAAAAAGAAGAUGUUGUUACAAAGCUAGCUGAGCAUGGAAGAACGAUAGAACAUUUGACUGAGGUACACAGUAGAGGCUUAGAACUUCAAUCUGCAGCUGAAUCAAAGAAUGCAGAAGUUGAAGCUCAAAUGCGUGAAGCUCAUGAGACAAUAGCACAGAAAGAUUCGGAAAUUAAAGAUUUGAAUGAGAGGCUGAUUGCAGUUCAGUCUGAGACUGAAAGUUUGAUGCAUGUGAAUGAAGCCUUGAAGCAGGAAAUCAGUGCUAAGCUGGUCAUAGUUGAUGAGCUGCAGGAGAAAUUUGUGUCUGCGAGUUCUGAGAAAGAAGAAGCUGCAGAGAAGCUGGCUGUUCAUGAGGAAACAAUAAAACAUUUGACAGAAGAGCUUUCAAAGGGCUUGGAGCUCCAGUCUGCUGCUGAAUCGAGGUAUGCGGAAAUUGAGAGUCAACUGCACGAAGCUCUUGAGACAAUUGCAAAUAAAGAAGCUGAAGUUACAGACCUCAAGGAAAAGCUGGUUUCUCUUGAAGCUGAGAAUGGAAAACUGGCUGAUAAGAAUGAGCACCUAGAAGGGGAAGUGUUUGCUAAGGUGGCCAUGUAUGAUGAGUUACAGGAACGGUUUAGUGCUACUCAUGCUGAAAAGGAAGAAGCUGUAGAGAAGCUAGCUGCUCAUGAGGGAACAAUCACAAACCUGACAGAGGUGCACACAAGAAACUUGGAACUCCACUCUGCAGCUGAAUCAAAGAUUGGUGAAACUGAAGCUAAAUUGCAUGAAGCCCUCGAGACAAUAACCCAGAAAGAAGCUGAAGUUAAAGACUUGAGCAAGAAGCUGGAUGCUCUUGAGAUUGAGUUGGGAUAUUAUGAAGAGCAGGCAACGGAAGCUGCUGCCAAUGAAGAAAAUCAUAAGGUUAAAUUUGAUGAAGUUGUGCACAAACUUAAGAGCCUAGAAGUACAACUUGCAGAAACACAAAACAAGGUUGAACUUUUCCAGACAGAGAAAGAAAACUUGAUUACUGCAAAUAGUAGUUUGAAUGAGGAAUUGGAAGUACAUCAGAACAAGCUGAAUGAAUUACAGAUGACACUUGCUGCUGCAGUAGCAGAAAAGCAGGGGGUGUCGGAAGAGAUUCAUUCAUUGCGAAAAACACUCGAUGGCAUGAUUCAACGCAAGGAAGAGCUCGAAAGCCAGGUAUCUUCUACUCUGGAAGAGCAGGAAGAACUGGCGAGCAAGUACCAAAGCACACUGGAAGAGAAGCAGAUGUUAAAUGAUAAAUAUGAAACUGUAAAGCGGGAGCUUGAUGAAGCUGUAGCCAAAUUGGAGGAGCAAAUGAAUUUGGAGAAGUCUGAAAAAGAAUUGCAUAUUUCAAAACUUGAGAGACAAAUUACAGUGUCUGAGCUAAAAUACAUGGAGGAGAUCCAGACCAUGCAAGUUGAAACAACUGAAAAGAAUGAAGCACUUACAAGCAAGAUGCAGGAGCAUGCAAACUUAGUCCAUGAAAAAGAUCAGUUGGAGCAACAAUUGCUGGAAGUUAGGAAGGAACUGGAGGCUGCUUACCGUACCAUAGCUAACCAGGAAGAGCAAGCUUCAGUGAGGGAGAUAAAGUGGGAUGCGUUUAAGACGUAUUCAACGGAUCAACUAGAAGCUGCACAAAAACAUGCUGCAGAGCUGGAAGUACAAGUAUCAGCUCUUAAUCAACAGCUGCAAGAAGCUGAGAUCCAUUACGAGAACAAGGUUGCAGAGGAGAGUGAGAAACUCGCUCUGGUCAAUACACAGCUCAACAAGCUGACCCAAAAUGUGAGCAAGAGUGCUGAAAUGGAGAAGAAGGUACAGGACCUUGAGCAGAAGUUGCAGCUUGCUUAUUCCAAAUCUGAAGAACAGGCAAAGGAUGCAGUGGCAUCAACGAGAUCCCGAGAAUUCAGCCUGGACUCGUUGGCACCGCAAAACAAACAGCGCGACAUAUCUCAGGCUCCUAGCACGGCCUCUGCGAACCCGGCGCAGCAACAACUGCGGGAGCCCUCCGGCAUCAUGGCCUUCAAGUUCAUCCUGGGCGUCGCCCUGCUGUCCGUGGUCAUCGGCAUGUUCCUCGGAAGGCGAUACUAGUGCCGCUCUUGUGAAGUUCCUGCUGGUGCCCUAUGGGAAAAUCCCAUUGUGAACAGCUAAAAACUGUUGCUUCCCAUGAACCUGAACUACUACUCUAGCUGAACAGCGCAUAGCUUGCUUGGUUUGGUGGAUUGCAAUUGAACGGACUGAUGGCUUUCAGGGAGAAAGUCAGGGAUCCGGAAGCUUCUUAUUGGCGAGUUCUCCCUAUAGUUUUUCUUUUGGGUUAAGGGGGGUGGGAAUUUGAUUUUUGUUCAUUCCUAGUUUCCUACCCUUGGCAUGCAUAAGGCCAUAUGCAUGCAAUUUGGUGUUUGCUGUCGGUGGGCUUGUAUCUACAUCUCCCUCCCUCUCUCUCUGUAAAAAGGAAGUCCGUCAGAAAUAUUAAUUUGUUCAUAUGGUCGAGUA